AGCGACAGGCCCUACGGCGCACCGGGGCUCCACCGGGCACCGCAAAGCGGCCGCGCGGGCCCUCGGCGUGAGCUGGCGCCCGUGACAGCGGCGCCGCUCUGCUCGCGACCCCGGCUCCAGGCCGCUGCCGACGUCCUUGGUGCGGCCGCGUCGGCCGGUAGGAUGGGCGGUGAGGCGGGGUCCGCGGCGGUGGUGGGCUCCGAGGGACGCGUGAAGAGUCUAGGUCUGGUGUUCGAGGACGAGCGCAAGGGCUGCUACUCGAGCGGCGAGACGGUGGCAGGGCACGUGCUGCUGGAGGCUGCCGAGCCGGUGACCCUCCGCGCGCUGCGCCUGGAGGCCCAGGGUCGCGCCACCGCCGCCUGGGGCCCGAGCGCCGGCGCCGCUGCCCCGGCAGCCGCCUCGGAGGUGGAGUACCUGAACGUGCGCCUGAGCCUGCGCGAGCCCCCGGCCGGUGAAGGCAUCCUCUUACUACAGCCUGGAAAACAUGAAUUUCCAUUUAGCUUUCAACUUCCAUCUGAACCUUUGGUAACCUCAUUCACCGGGAAAUAUGGAAGUAUUCAGUACUGUGUGAGAGCAGUUUUGGAACGACCCCAGGCACCUGAUCAGAGCAUUAAGCGGGAACUCCAGGUCGUCAGUCACAUCGAUGUCAACACACCAGCAUUACUAACCCCUGUAUUGAAAACUCAAGAGAAAAUGGUUGGCUGUUGGUUUUUCACUUCUGGUCCAGUCUCGCUGAGUGCCAAAAUUGAAAGAAAGGGAUACUGUAAUGGAGAAGCUAUUCCAAUCUAUGCAGAAAUAGAGAAUUGUUCCUCUCGUCUGAUUGUUCCCAAAGCUGCCAUUUUCCAGACGCAGACGUACCUGGCCAGCGGGAAAACGAAGACCGUGCGGCUCAUGGUGGCCCACGUGCGCGGGAACCACAUCCCCUCUGGGAGCACCGACACCUGGAACGGGAAGACCCUCAAGAUCCCGCCCGUGACGCCGUCCAUCCUGGACUGCUGCAUCAUCCGAGUGGACUACUCCUUAGCUGUGUAUAUUCACAUUCCUGGUGCUAAAAAAUUGAUGCUUGAGCUGCCCUUAGUGAUUGGCACGGUUCCAUACAAUGGUUUUGGCAGCAGAAACUCCAGCAUUGCCAGCCAGUUUUUUAUGGAUAUGAGCUGGUUGACUCUGACUCUGCCAGAACAGCCUGAAGCACCACCAAAUUACGCAGACGUGGUGUCAGAGGAAGAAUACUCUAGACACGUUCCUCCUUACCCUCAACCCCCUAACUGUGAGGGGGAGUCGUGCUGUCCUAUGUUUGCCUGCAUUCAGGAAUUCAGAUUUCAGCCUCCACCUCUUUAUUCAGAGGUUGAUCCACAUCCUAGUGACGUAGAAGAGACCCAGCCUGUUUCCUUCAUUCUCUGAACAUAUUUCAGAAAUCACUGUGUUCAUCACCAAAUUAGAAUGUUGGUUCUUUCCCCCUGCCUUUUUGGGGAAGAGGGAGGGAAGAUUAGCUUAAGAACAUAAAUGAACAUCAAGACUGAAGGUGAUAGAAAUUAAAGAAUGCGUGAACUUUCCAGUGGGCCAACAGGAUUGUUGCACAAGUUUGUGAUGUGGUCUUGUAUCCCCGUAGAACUAUGGGACGAAGAUGUGAAAAGUCACAGAAUGUAAUGGAAGUCCUGAUGGUGAUAGAGUAAGUGAAGAGUGCCUAUGCUGACCCAAGAGAAAGGUGCCUGUAAACAGUGAAAACACUACGCGAGCAUAUCUUUACAAAGGUUUCUCAAAGUAGAACAGGUGUAUCCUCAGCUUUAAGACGGUAUGGACGCAUUGGGAGGAGACUUGAUUUUGGAGAACGUAGCAGCACAAGGGUGUGCGUGAACAGGAAAGGGGCCCACUCUAAAUUAAACAUGAAGCGAGACCCUCUGGUGUCAGGGUCUUCAUGAUUUCUAACCAUAUUCCAUAGGACUGAAGUCCUUAAAAGAAUCCUUUUCUGAGGUCAUGGUCUUAUGAGGUUCUAAUGAAGUAAUACAGUUUUCACUCUUUUAAUGGUAGUUUAAGAGGUAGUUUGUAAGUUGGCUAAUACAGUAUUAUGAAACCAAGAAAGAGUUCCUUCCUUGAAAGGCUUGUCAGUUGAAAGGGGAAAGGUGUACUUCAAUAUGAAAACACAUUUUGUUGAAAGUUGCACUUUUUAUCCCCUUUAAGUACUUUAGCAGGGUACAUGUUUGAUUUUCCUCAUGUCUUAUUUACCUAGGAGCAUAUUAGAAAAAGACAGGGUUAAAAAAAGAAAAAAAAAAAAAGGCUUGCAUCCUUAGGAUGCCUUGAUAACUGCACAAGGGGAGAAAAGGCCUUUUUUAUCUACCUCUAGUGGGGUUAUCAGAAUCAGAUAUGUUUUAAAACUCCAGGCCGGUGAAGUCUUCUUUGGAGUUUCUGCUCAUUUGCAGUAGCAAUCUCAUCUCUCCUAUCCCUAAACCUGAAACUGGACCAAGGGCAAAAUCUAUAAGGUUAACAUCAGUUGGAAGUUAAUAUGUGUAUACCAAAGGGUAUUUCAAAAUAAAUGCAAAAUCAAGGCAGAAUUACCAUUUUCCAUUUUUUUGAAAAGUCAUAUAAACUUGAUUUCUGUCAAGAGACUUAAGUCUACUGAUGGCAGUCACUGUGUUGUUCAUUGUUAUUCCAGUUCUUUAGUAAUUCUGUUUAAACUGUGAUUUUUUUAAUUGUUUUGGUGCAAUAUUUUAUUAUCCUUUAACCUCAGGAUAUUCAGACCAACAAGAUUGUGUUGCUGCUAAAAGGCUGAGCAGUGUUUUUACUGUCCCCCUGUCCCCUCCUAGUCACAGUCACAUGUUCACUUGUUUUUACUUUAAUCUGUUGGUUUUGUGAGCUGAGAGCAUUUCUGUACACUAAGUAGAAGGGAGGUAGGGGUUCCCAUGAUAGAGAUUUUGGACCAGCCCAGUACUUUGGUUUUCUCCAUGUCCUGAGGGUUAGAUCUGGAAACCCUGGUGCUUCCCAUGCAGAAUACUGUACUUCAUUCAACUGAACGAUUAGCUUUUCUUUCAGUCAGUGUAUUUCGUUAGGAAUAGAAAAGUUCUAAGGUUAAAUUUUGUAUGUAAAAAUUAGUUGGACAUUUGAUUAGGGAUUUUUAUACAAACAUUAGGUAAAUGUACGCUUUUCACCCUUGGGCAUACCUCUCUUCUCUGUAAUCACAUAAGCAUCUUAAGCCGUUCUUUCAUCUUUUAAGCCACUGAAUGAAAAUCACAGUACAAACUGUUUUACCAAUAAUUGUGGUACUGAAAUCGUCACAAAUCUUUUUUCCUUGCUUUGGUUUUUUGGUGAUCUUUUAUUUUGCUUUGUUUUUGUGGGUUUGUUAGCUAUGUGCUGUCUAAACAGUUUUAUUUUUACUUUAAAAAUAGAUCACCUUCAGCUAUUUCUUGACCUCUGAGUUGUAGUUUACAUGUUUUGUCAAGACAUUUUCCAUCUCCAUGAUACCAAAACAAAGUAAAAGAAACAAAACAAAAUGGUAUGGAGGAAGAGAAAGUUUACCUAUCUGGCUGCAAGUAGAAAAGCAACUGCUUACUGGAAUCCUUCACUAGGAACGUUUUGUCACCUUUUUUAAAGAAAUCAUGAAGUGCACCCACCAAAUUAAAACAAAGCUGGUUUUUUAGCACUUAAGAGAAUAGCUAAAAGGUAUGAUUUGCCUUAUUGAAUUGAUAUUGGUAUGUCUGACCUUAAGCAGUAGGUUGAAACUGCAUACCUUUCUAUAAUCAAAUUAUUUGAUGAAGGUAGAAGAUUCUACAUUGGAACAGAGAAUACUUGGGAAUGAAGGUAAAAAUUCAGCUGCUAUUUGCUUGUUUAUUCUCCUCUUGCUUAGUUUGCAAAGAAACUGUGGCCUUAGAAUUUUCUUUUUGAUGCAAAAAUUUUGAAAUUGAGAAAGUGCAUCUUUUGGCACACAAAAUUCUUCCAUGGGCAGAACUUUACUUUCAUGUUUUUGUUUUGCACAAUAAGAAACUCAGUAGGCAGGGGUUAUGUUUUUGAUAAGUUAACUAUGAAAGCUUUUUAUUUUUAUUAUAAAAAUGUAACAAUUUAACCCACAGGGGGAAAAAAAAAAAGAUUGUAUUUUGUACUCUUGUCUGAACCCCAUGGGUUCCUUUUGUUAAUAAAAUGAUUACACUGAU